UCAUAAUGGCAGAGUGAAGAUGGGAGACUGGAAUUUUCUUGGAGGAAUUUUGGAGGAGGUACAUAUCCAUUCCACUAUGGUGGGCAAAAUCUGGCUCACCAUCCUGUUUAUCUUCCGUAUGCUGGUGCUCGGGGUGGCAGCUGAGGAUGUGUGGAACGAUGAGCAGGUCGACUUCAUCUGUAACACUGACCAGCCUGGAUGCAGGAAUGUGUGCUAUGACCUUGCUUUCCCAAUCUCCCUUAUCCGCUACUGGGUGCUGCAGGUCAUUUUUGUGUCCUCACCAUCACUGGUUUACAUGGGCCACGCUCUCUACAGGCUGCGAGCUCUGGAGAAGGCACGGCAGAAGAAGAAAGCUCUGCUGUGGAGGGAGCUGGAGUUGGUUGACGUAGAGCUGGCUGUAGCCAGGAAGAGGAUUGAGCGGGAAAUGAAACAGCUUGAUCAUGGAAAGCUUAACAAAGCUCCUCUGAGGGGCUCUCUGCUACGUACUUAUGUGGCUCACAUCAUCAUCCGCUCUGUUGUUGAAGUGACCUUCAUGGCAGGUCAGUACCUCCUUUAUGGUUUUCACCUCUACCCCCUCUUCAAAUGUGAGCGGGAUCCUUGUCCCAAUGCUGUAGACUGUUACGUCUCCAGACCAACUGAAAAAAGUGUCUUCAUGGUGUUCAUGCAGAGCAUAGCUGCACUCUCCCUCUUCCUGAGCAUCUUGGAGAUCCUCCAUCUGGGGUACAAAAAGAUUAAAAAGACCAUCUUGGAUUUCUAUGCUCUCACAAGAGAUGAAAGGGAAGAACCUGAUUAUUUUAACGCCAACAAAUCCAAAAAUGAGUCUGCUGUGCAAACAUGCACUAGUGCAUCCCGAAAAGCAACAAUUGCUUCUGCACCCAGUGACUACAACCUAUUGAUGGGUGGGCAGGGUCCAAAUAUGUACCCUAACCUUAUGAAAUCGUUAACUUUUCUACCUCUUCAGGGCCAACAGGAUGUGGAUGAUUCCAAAUGUUCAGCUCAAAGGCCCCCAGAGUGUAAUAACAUCUUAACAACCAUCAUGCCCUGCUCAUCGUGCUGCGACUCCCCAACUAAAUCAAAGCAGAAGUCAGAGAGCUUUUUUCAUCUUCCUCACCACAGUGAGGAGGAUGACAGCAGCCAGAGAGAGAGUCCAGAGCCUCCAAAAUGCCCACAGAAGGCAGCUCAUGCUUCCUCCUCCCCCACCCUGCCAGUAAGCAUUUCAAAGAGGCCAUGGGGGGCUCAUGGCUCCUUUCAGUGUUCAACAGUGCCGGAGAGUAGAAGCUCCGACACAGAUUCAUAUGGAGGCACAAAAUCCAGCAGCAUACCUCCCUGCAGUGAAAUGCCAUCAAAACCAAUUUCACAACAUCAAGGUCGGCCCUCCACCCCUGAAUCGCUGGAUGACUCCAGCUUAGGAUCCAGGCACAACUCGAGACCACCCUCUUCCAACUGCAAAGCAUCCAUGGCAAGUACUGCAAGCAGCAGACGAGCUCCAGACUUAAAAAUCUAA